AUGGGUCAACCUGACAAGGUGCAAGCAGCAACACAUCUCGUCUGCAUCGGGGAAGAAGGUAGGCGAAUUUACACUACCUUCACAUUCGAUAACGAGGAAGACAGAGAGAAACUAGAAGUCCUGAAGAAUAAGUUCGCGGCGCGCAUGAAGCCAGCGAUCAACCUCAAGUACCACGAAUUCAUCUUUGGGAAAAGAGACCAAAAAGAAGAUGAGAAAUUUGAUGAGUGGUUGACGGAACUGAGGGUACUUGUGCGCAACUGCGAAUACGGCGACGCCGAAGAACGUAUGCUAGGAAGCCGAAUAAUACUCGGAACUAAAGACCGACAAUUACAGCAGAAACUGAUUAACGACAAUCCUACCUUUGACAAAGUCGUGGAGAUACGCCGAACCAGGGAACGAACUGUAGAACAGUUCAACGAAAUCCGUGGAAAGGACGAGCGACACAAGGACCCACUGGCAGUAAAGGUGCUCAGAAGAGCGGACCAACCCACGUGCCACUGUUGCGGCUUCGUUCAUCGCGUGAGCACGUGCCCAGCUGCUGGAAAACAGUUCCUUCGUUGUGGCGAGCUAGGCCAUUUUGCAAAAUGCUGCAAGACCGGGACCCAGACAUCAGACAGCCGUCAACGACGCCAGUCGAAAGAAGGACAAAAAUUUAAUUCCAAAGUACGACAAGUAGAGCGCUAG